AUGGGUCAGUUCGUGGAGAGCCUCAUUCCCGGCAGCUACGCCCCGCAGCCGGCGUACUCUCAUGGCCCGAGCAACCACCAGUCGUCCUACAAGGAGCCGGACCACUACGACACGCCCUACCAGUUUGAUUACGCUGUCAACGACCACUACUCUGGUGCCGUCUUCUCCCAGAACGAGAACAGCGACGCCAAGAAAGUCAACGGCUACUACUCGGUGCUCGUUGCCGCCGCUCUCCUGGCUGUUGCCGCCGCCGCUCCCUCCAACAGCUACGCCCCGAAGCAGGCGUCUCAUGGCCCGAGCUACCACCAGCCGUCCUACAAGGAGCCGGACCACUACGACACGCCCCUACCAGUUUGA